UCACCGUCUAUACUAAAGAAAAGGCUACAGUAUGAGAAAGAAGCUGCUUGCACUCUGUGAAGCACAACUUGAACACUGUGAUUUUUAAAUGUGUAUGGUCAUAUUUGCUCCGAUUUUUGCCAUUUGUGCCUUUGCAACAUGUGGGGGAUACAGUGGUCAGCUGCAGGUUAAAGUGGACUGUGUGGACAGAAGGCAGAGCAACCUCAUCAUCUCUAUUCAUUUUGCCUAUCCUUUCAGGUUACAACAAGAGCAUUUUAAGGCCCCUACGUGUGAGGGGGAGAAGCAGGAGAUUCUUUUCCUGGAAGGUGACUACUCCGCAUCAGCCCAGUUCUUUGUGAUUAUUGCUGUCUUUGCCUUUCUUUACUCUCUUCUUGCUACAAUCGUAUACAUCUUCUACCAGAACAAAUACAGGGAGAACAAUAGAGGUCCAUUUGUGGAUUUUAUAGUAACAGUGAUAUUCUCAUUCCUGUGGCUGGUAAGCUCUUGUGCCUGGGCCAAAGCUCUGUCAGAUGUAAAGGCUGCCACAGAUCCCGCGCAGGCCCUUACUCUCAUUUCAGCCUGCAGAAUCAAGGCCAAUCGGUGUGUAACUGCCCAGCAGCCUGUCUGGUCUAGUCUCAACACAUCUGUGGUAUUUGGUUUCAUCAACUUUGUUCUUUGGGCUGGCAAUAUCUGGUUUGUCUUCAAAGAGACAGGCUGGUAUAAGACAGGCCAGAGAUACCCUACGAGGAGUGCUUCAGGGAAACGGGCCAGUGGUAUGCGGCAGCGUCUUUACAGUGAGAGCAGUUUUGAUCAAUCCUAUAGGCAAGCCAGCUUUGACCAACCAGAAGGAAGUUUUCAUCAACCACCAUUUAGACAAGGCAGUUUCACUCACUCACUCAGCUUACCCCAGACACAUCUUGGCCAACCAAUCACCUACAGUCCAGAUGAUCAGCUCCCAUCCAGAGGGCCUAUUAUAUUGAUAAAUAAGAUUUAGAUCAAUCUUUCUUUCUCAUGCUGGCCUCUGUGAUGUUAACUUGUGACUCAAAUAUACACGUGUUGUGUCCAAUGGUCUAAUGGUGCAAUGAACAAAUCAAAGUCAAAAUGAUUUGCAAAUGUCAACAAGGGCAGGUAAACGGUUGUGUACCUUCCAUUAAUAGAGAACAAUUUGAGGGGAUUGGAGCAAAAUACAUUAGCUUGAAGGAAAGACCUGAGAAUAGUAAAAAAAAAAGUUCAUAACUAAGAAAUAGAAACGCAAAUGGAAACCCAUGGAUUCCAUGGGUUAAAGAUAAAGGGGCUCUUAAGGAUUCAAUACAAGUUCAUGUAAUGGAUGGACAUGCAGACGUGUCUACAGCAAGUCUCAAAGUUCCUUAAAUGCUUUCUAUGUUGUCUCUCUACUGUAACUUAAGAAGUUGUUAAGGGAGUUUUGGUUGAUAUUGUAAGACAUGAAAGUUUUCGAUUCCGGUUUAAUGUUGCUUUUCAUUGAUUCCGCUGAUAAGCUGAUUUAUUAUGUUCCUCAAAUACAGACAAUGUUGAAGAAAGCAAGAUGACCCAUGCUUGAUUAGGUAUUAAGUUUACAUGGAACAGUAAAGAGAAAGGUACAUUGGAAAUAGAUAAAAGUUGAUAAAUGUUGAUUUUAACAGCGUCAGUCAGUACAGUAACUGAUUUCCUUAACUGUUUGUAAAUGCAGUCAUGUCAACCUGUUGAUUGUGUUGUGAACUAUAC